AGAAACAAGUUCAAUAUAUAGCCAUUAUUUUUUUUAAAAAAAAGGUGUCUGAAUUCUUUUAAACAAAUUGUUCAUAGUUUGUUAAUCAUAAUACUGUUUGUUGCAAAACCGAGCUAUCUCUUGUUACCGGUUCUUAAUGUUCUCCGUAUAUUUCUUCAUCAUUUUUUCGUUUAGUUAUGGAAGUCAUUCUCAUUUUCUAGUCACUUCUGUUUACUUACAUGGCAACGGAGCAACCUAUCUUCCGGAUAAUGUGUCCGUGCCAGCAAUCAUAGCGUUCGGAGACUCCUUACUGGAUCCUGGGAACAAUAACCGUCUCAUGACUUUUACCAAAGCUAACUUUCCCCCAUACGGAAAGGAUUUCGUCGGCGGAAAACCGACGGGAAGAUUCACCAAUGGGAAAACACUAGGCGAUUUUUUGGCCAAGGGGUUCGGAGUGAAGGAGUAUCUUCCAGCAUAUCUAGACCCUUCAAUAAAAGACAGUGAUCUUCUAACUGGUGUAAGUUUUGCUUCUGGUGGCUCAGGAUAUGACCCCCUAACAUCCACACUUGCGGUUGUUAUACCACUAUCAGUUCAGUUGGAGAUGUUCAAAAAAUACAUUUCGAAGCUGAAGAUUAAAGUUGGGGAAGAACAAGCAAAACACAUAAUUGCGAACAGUGUAUAUUUCAUUUCAGCUGGCAGUAACGAUUUUCUAACAAAUUACUAUAUCUACCCCAUCAGAAGAUUAAGAUAUGAUGUCUUCGGGUAUGGUAAAAUGCUCGUAAAGUUUGCCAUGGACUAUAUUCAGGAAAUACAUAAACUAGGAGCAAGAAGGAUCGUUGUCUUUAGCACGCCUCCACUUGGUUGCAUUCCGAUCGAGAGAACGAUAGCAGGAGGAUUACAUAGAAAAUGUGUGGACAAGUACAAUAAAGCUGCACAAUUAUUCAACAGCAUGCUCAAACAGGAGAUCUUGUUUCUUGCAGGCCGUCUUCCUGAGACAAGGGUUGCCAUGGCGGAUCUCUACAAUCCUCUAAUAAGCAUCAUUGAAAACCCUCACCAAUACGGCUUGGAAGUUACGGAUAGAGGCUGUUGUGGAAUCGGAAUCAUAGAAAUGAGUUUUUCGUGUAACAAACUCAGCAAGCUGUGUCGAGACGACUCAAAAUUUCUUUUCUGGGAUAGUCUUCACCCAACAGAGAAAGGAUGUGACAUCUAUAUAAAUCUUAUUCUACCGAACUUAUUGAAAAGUUUGUUCUAAUAAAAUAUUGUUGUUUGAACACAUGCAUGUUAAAAAUAUAUAAUAUUAGAUAGAUUAUGUAAUUAGUCAAAUACAAUGUUUAGUUCAGAUGUAACAAAUUUGGCAAAAUAGAACUCAAACAUAAUGUAGAAUAUUUGUUGGCAA